UAGGAAAAGAUCAAGCUGAAAAGGCCGUCUUGGAACGGCCACGUACGCCGGAAGAUAAGAUUAGAACCGCACCCCUCAAAUAUAAGCCCUCCAUUUCAUCAAUUGAUACACAAAAUUUUUCCCAAGAAUUGGAAGAUGAAUCUGAAUCCGAAAAUUUUGAUAUAAUGUACGAUGCCGAAGUCCAAGAUAAUGUUAAUAAGGAGAAAAAGGAGGAAGUCCAAGAUAAUGUUAAUAAGAAGAAAGGAAAGAUAAGCGAUGAAAGCAGAAUGGAGAUUGAAAAUGCUUAUAUGAAGAUGAAGAAGGAUGCAAUGUGGAAAUUGUCAAGCGGGAAAUUCGUGGAAGAAGAGUUAUAUAAUCUUGGAAAAAAACUAGAAUUCGAACACUCUGUUCAUUCCUUUAUAAUCGAUACAGAGGAUGAAAUAAUCAAACAACAUUUCAGAGAAUAUGAGUUAGAAGAGAUAGAUAAUGAGCAUGUUCCAAAGGCUCCAGAUCUUUCACAGGAUGUAAUUGAUUAUUUAAACAAGUUUAUAAACGUAACGAGUGCGAACGAAGUGCGCUCUAUAAUUGGUGAGCAAGAUGAUAGGCUUAAUGCAAACUAUGAUUCAUCAAAACAUCAUGACCUAGAUUAUAUUCCGGUGUUAAUAUUAAAACUGACCAGAGAAAUUGAAAACGGUGGAUUAAAACAACCAAAUUUAGAAUCAUGGUACAAUUGUCAUGUUUGGAGUGCGAUCGUUGACCAUGGCUUUGGAGACAUCAAGGGAUUAUCAGUUGUUCGAGGAGAAAGUGCAUGUGUUGCAACAGCUACCAGAAAAAAUUCAAAAAGGAUAACAACACAGAGGCGCCAAAUGGGACGUAGAGGAGAUUGGAUACUAAGAAUGAGCGGUAAUGGUGACCACGAUGAAUAUGGCAUGGGUGAAGUUGGAAAAAAAUGGGAAGAUGAAUUUGGGACGAAGUUUUUGAGGGAAAAGUCUCUGAAACAGCCUAAAGCCCUAAAGGAUAUGUUGGUUAAACUCAUCCGAAAAGUUAAUUGGGAUAAGGAAUUACGUUCUAAGCUUCAAACUAUAGGAAUAAUGCAUUCAGGAUUAAUGAUGGUGGUCGUGUAUAUGGACAAUCCACAUGGAUAUGUGUGUAGAAUCCGGCGUGGGGAUAUAAUGGAGGUCCCGGAUAAUGAGGAGAAUCUUUCAGCAUUAUUGGUUAUUCUUGCUGCAAUAUUGAAUGCUAAG